UUACAAACAUACAGGUGAGCAAAACAAUGUUGCUAACACGAAAGACAAAGAGGACGCUACCAUUUAUUGUUCGGGAUAAUUGUGUGAAUAACUUUUACAUAAUGUUCAUUAUUUCGAUUUUGACUUUUCUUACAACGAUUCAUGCUUCACAGGCUGCUAAUACACUCUCAUACUGUGGCCAGCCUAAAACAUGGGUGGAAGCCAAAGUAUUUUGCGAACAGAAGGGUGGACGUUUACUGAACAGAGAUACAGACAAUGAUGCUGUGUUCCGUCAGAGAACCGAUAUACCACUUCAACAAGAGAUUUGGAUAGGUCAUUAUAGAGGACUUUCUGGGUGGAUGGAACACAUUGGAUGUUUCAGCCAGAGAUCUUUAGGUGUAAGCUGGUAUGGUGUAAAGACAGAAAACAACUCAGCUGCAAUUUGUCAAACUAUCUGCAAUGCUACGGACUACUUCGCUCUCCAGGGAUCAACUUGUUUAUGCAGCUAUAAUAAUUUUGUGAACACGUCUUGGUUAACACCAGAGACAAAAUGUAACAUGGUGUGUCCUGGUAAUGGAACAGAACAAUGUGGUGGGAGCAACAGUAUUAACGUAUACCAUAGAGUUAAUGGGAAUCUUAUACAGUACCAGGCUGACUCCUACCCUAACUUACACUGUGCAAUGAUGAACUGUAGCAGCACUACAGAAUGGACAUAUAUGGAACACGAGUGUCACAACAACUUAACAGCAUUAUGUGGAUCGGGAGUGUUAGUUAAUGAACCAGCGACAUGGUUGACAGCUCAGUCAUUAUGUAAAAACUACGGUUCUUUGGUUGGCAUACAUAACAUGGUGUCGAACUGUGCUGUCUCUAAUGAUGUCAAGCGGGAAUUCUGGAUUGGAGUUUAUCGGAACUAUGUCGAUCUUGUUUUAAAAGAUCUUAUAGUUCAAAAUCCAGUGUUUGGAUGUUAUUCACUUAGAAAAGAAUCCAGUAAUGUCAAACCUACCAUGACAUUUUAUCCAAUAGCAAUAUGUGAAAAACAAAACAUGUUUUCAUUUAUUUGUGAACUGCCUCCUGGCUAUCCCACAUCUGAUGGUUGUUAUCUUCCUCCUUCCUCAUCAACAAGUACAACCACACCAGGAACGCAGUUAAUACAAGAACAGGACGACGAUGGACUUAAAAUUGGAUUGUUUAUAGCAUUAGGACUUGUUUUACUGGCUGCGGUCAUCGUCAUUUUAAUAUUAAUUGCGAGAAAAAGUUUUAGAUCAAACCCAGAACAACUUAGACAUAAUAUUUUAUUAGCUGCACUAGCCAAUGUGAAAUUACGUAGACGAGAUACAGAUGGUAACCCGGAGUCUUCAACACCACAGAAGGCCGAAACAUCUGCUGCUUCCGUUGAAGGUGGAAGCAAAAGUCCAGAAUAUGCAGUGGUCAAUAAACCUGGCAGACGACAGUCAGCACCUGCACCAAGUUGUAAAGUUUAUUCUAAGCCUGUCACGUCACUCAGCAAGGAAUACAAGGAAAGCGUACCAGUGUCAAAUAAUGGGUACGACAAAAUGCGACUGGAUAAUCCUAUCGUCGAAUCAGAGAAUCCACAAGAAAAUGACAACCAAGUUCCAAUAACUUCUAUUUUGAAAUUGGGUGAUAGCUUAUCGAGUGAUACAAUGUCCCCGAGACGUGCAAGCAUUCAAGAUGAAGAAUAUAAUAGAAAUAAUGGACGAUAUGUAUAUGAUUCACGCCUUUUAAGCAUUCCAAAGAAAGUAAUUCCGGUUCCACCGCCUGUUGUUAAAUAUCCCCCUGAAUAUACUAGUGACAGUUAUGAACAUAUUGGAACAACCUUGCUUUGAUAAUUAAUAAUAAGUUUAAUAUUUGUAUUUCAUACAGAUACAUUAAUUUAUCUAUUAAUCACUAUUUUAUGCAAUGAUUAAUAGUAGAAUCCAGAAAGAUUACCAGAUUAUUUAAAUUGUUGACGAAUCAAAAAAGGAUUAAUUAGAAUUUCACUGUUUUUUUGUGACAUAUGGACAUUGUAACUUACGAAUUAUGAUAAUUUAUGAUGAAAUUAUCUUAUAGCCAGAAGCAUUAGUUGUUGUAAAUAUAACGUUUUAUUGAAUACAUUAAAUCAAGUGACAUGGUUA